ACUCAGAGGAAGUAAUACUUUCAAUGAAUGACUUCCUUCCUAGUUCUGCUUCACACUGUCCGGUGAAUUACACUCUGAACAAGCAGAAGACAGAACACCCCAUGUUGUCGGUGAAACCGAACAAUGGGGAAGUUAUUUCUCCAAAGAGUUCCUUCUGCAUGCACAGGCCGGACGAGAAACAUUUAUCAGUCGUUAUGGAGUUUGCCCCACCGUGCAUGCAUUACUACCACCAUCAACACCAUAACCCUGACACAGGCGUGCGGAUUCACGUACAACUUGAUCUCCGAGCUAUUGGAACAAGUAUGUUUCCCAGAGCAGCUGCAGCAGAAUCACCUGAGCCUGGUGUUAGUGCUGCCCGAGCUCGAAGACACACGGCGUAAUCGCAGUCCAAACUUCCCGCAAGGAAUGUACAUUGUGAAUAUUCCCGAGGAACAAGCUGUUGGAUAUAUCGUCAUGACCAUCACAGCCUCAGAUUCCGAUAGUGGGGAUGCAGGGCGAAUUACCUACUCAAUGAUUGCUGAGCGUGAUGCUAGAAGUCAGAACAUGUUCAGUAUCGACCCAGAAAGUGGAAUCAUCACGACGACCCAACGGCUUGACAGAGAAAGCAUCGAAGAGCACUACUUUCAGAUCACUGCCACUGACCAUGGAUCACCACAGCGGAGUACAGACGCCUUCCUGCAAAUAAUGGUGGAUGAUUUGAAUGAUCAUAGGCCGGAGUUUGAACUGACCGAGUACCACAUUGAGAUUGAGGAAAAUGAGCCUGCUGGCACAACCUUGCAUGAGUUACAUGCAAGUGAUGGUGAUUCUGGAUCUAAUGCAGAGGUUCGUUACAGUAUCAUCAACCCAGAACCUCCUAAUGAUGCAUUUAACAUCAACAGCCGGACAGGAAUCAUUACCACCCGUGCAAGGCUGGACCGUGAGGUCGUUGCCAAUUAUGAACUGAUAGUCCUUGCUCAGGAUCUUGGUACAAAUCCCGGUGCUCUGAAUACAACCGCCCGAGUCUUGGUAACUGUCUUAGAUGAGAACGACAACUACCCACAGUUUUCAAGGCGUACGUUUGAAGUCAACAUUCCUGAAGAUUCCCCACGAAAUGUCAUCAUUCACACGAUAACAGCCACUGACAGAGAUGAGGGAUCAAAUGCUGAGAUACGUUAUAGCAUGGUUGGUGGUCAGGGUCAUUUUGUUAUUGAUGCAUAUAACGGACAAAUUAUGCUGACUUCAGAAUUAGAUUACGAAAAUACACAAUCCUAUCAGUUGGUUGUGCGUGCACAGGACAGUGGGCGCUCGGCACGCUCCAACUCUACACGUGUCAUAGUCAAUGUGCAAGACGUCAAUGACAACUCGCCACGCUUCCCUACUACCCUGUAUCAAACAUCGGUACGAGAAGAUGUUCGCGUUGAUACAUCUGUUAUCACAUUGAAUGCGUUUGAUGGCGACUCUGGUGAGUUCGCUCGCAUCACCUACAGCAUUCAGGAUUCUGAUGCUGCACUUCCAUUCACUAUCAAUCCAGAAAGUGGACAGAUAACAACUUCCAUGCUGCUGGACAGAGAAACAUCUGACUUGUUUGAGUUUACCGUUGUGGCAAGUGAUCAAGGUGACCCACCCCGAACAGCGACAACUGAAGUGUCUGUGCGAAUUACUGAUGUUAAUGACAAUGCGCCAGUUUUUACACAGAAUGAGUACUUUGGUCGCGUAGAUGAGGAUGCUUCUCCAGGACUGACUGUGGUGACUGUCUCUGCCGAUGAUCCUGAUGUAGGAAAUAGUGUUUCCUACCAGAUCACGGCAGGCAACAGUAGAAACCGCUUCAGCAUCAUCAGCCAGAACAAUCGAGGAAUGAUUUCAGUUGCUUUGCCCUUAGACUACAAGCAGGAGCCACGCUUUGUGCUGACGGUAACGGCGUCUGACAAUGAACAAUCAAGCAUGUGUCUGGUGUACAUCAAUGUCACAGACGCCAACACCUACAGGCCUGUGUUUGACCAGUCACCAUACAGAGCCGAGGUGGCUGAAAAUGUCGCUGUCGGAUAUGUCGUUGUCCAAGUUCAUGCAACGGAUGGUGAUGUUGGCGAGAAUGCCCGCAUCACAUACUCCAUGGAUAGCAUACCAAACUUUGAAAUUGACCCUAACAGCGGUGAGAUCAAAACCAGGGCUGCACUGGACCGCGAGACUACGUCAAGUUACACUAUUCAUGUGACGGCGACUGAUCAUGGAGUAGAACCACAGAUAGACACAACAGAAGUGGAAAUCUUCUUGACGGAUAUCAAUGACAACCCGCCAAUCUUCACAGAGAAUGCAUACUCCGCUGAGAUCAGUGAGAGUGCGAGUCCUCAAUCCAUGGUCAUACAGAUUGAAGCAGAAGAUGCUGAUGAAGGUACCAACAGCCAGAUUUCCUACACAUUCAACAAUGGCAAUGAUGGUAACGGCGCCUUCGUCAUUGACGAAACCUCUGGCAUCAUCCGUACUGCCCUCCGUCUUGACCGCGAGGCCAAAGCCGAAUAUAACCUGGUCGCAUUUGCCGUUGACGGUGGCCGUCCCACCCACCGCGAAUCCGUGGCAAUCACCGUCCGGCUACGGGACGAGAACGACAACCCGCCAGAGUUUCCCCGAGACGAAAUGGACGUGUACAUCGAGGAGAACCGCAACCCGGGCGAACUGGUCUCCACCAUCGUCGCCAACGACCCGGACGAGGGCUACAAUGCUUUGAUCCACUACUCCCUGAUCGAAGGCGACCUGGACUUCUUUGAGAUUGACAGCCGGUCCGGGGAACUGACCACCCUAAUUGAGCUGGACUAUGAAGCCAGGAGUGAGUACAGCGUCACCGUCAAGGCGACCUCCACUCCCUUCUUCAACGUGGCCACAGUCAACAUCCACGUCCUGGACCAGAACGACAACAGUCCCAUCCUAGAAGACUUUGACAUCUACUUCAACAACUACGAAGGCUUCUUCCCCGAUGGUGACAUUGGACAGGUUCCUGCUCAUGAUCCUGAUGUGUCGGACACGCUCCAGUAUGUCAUCAUCAGAGGCAAUGCCAACAACCACCUAAUCCUGAAUGGUACCACAGGAGGUAUCAGACUGAAUUCCAGGUUGAAGGGUACUGACAUCCCGCAGACAAUUGAGAUGGGAAUACAGGUCUCAGGUGAGUUCUUUGAAAUCAUGAUUUAAAAACAAACAACACUU